CUCUUGACUACUCCCUCGCAAAAUUUACGCUUCUUUCCCUCUUCCUCUUCCCUUCCGUUUCGAGCUCGCUCCAUCUCCUCCGACGAAAGAUCCGAGCCCCCUCCUCCUCCCCCAGCACCAUCCGGGCCCGAUUCGGGUCGGGUCGGGUCGUCCGGAGCGGACCCUCUCCUCCGCGCUCUCCUCCGAUGGAGUCGUCGAGCUCGGGAGGUGCCUCGGCGGAGCACAGCGUCCGCGGGAUCCCCACGCACGGCGGGCGCUACGUGCAGUACAAUGUGUACGGGAACCUCUUCGAGGUCUCCCGGAAGUACGUCCCCCCGAUCCGCCCCAUCGGCCGCGGCGCCUACGGUCUCGUCUGCGCUGCCAUGAAUUCAGAGACAAAUGAGGAGGUUGCCAUCAAGAAGAUUGGCAAUGCGUUUGACAACAGAAUAGAUGCCAAGAGGACUUUACGAGAAAUUAAGCUUUUAUGUCAUAUGGAUCAUGAGAAUGUUAUUGGCCUUAAAGACAUUAUACGUCCACCAAGUAGGGAGAACUUUAAUGAUGUUUACAUUGUGUAUGAAUUGAUGGACACUGAUCUCCAUCAAAUUAUCCGUUCCAAUCAGCCAUUGACUGACGAUCACUGCAGGUACUUCUUGUAUCAGUUGCUUCGAGGUCUCAAAUAUGUGCAUUCAGCAAGUGUUCUGCAUCGCGAUCUGAAGCCAAGCAACUUGUUUCUGAAUUCGAAUUGUGACCUUAAAAUUGGAGACUUUGGGCUAGCUAGGACCACAUCUGAAACGGAUUUUAUGACUGAGUAUGUAGUUACUCGCUGGUAUCGUGCACCAGAACUGCUCCUUAAUUGUUCAGAGUACACUGCUGCGAUUGAUAUUUGGUCUGUGGGUUGCAUACUUGGUGAAAUUAUGACUAGGCAGCCCCUAUUCCCAGGCAAAGACUAUGUCCAUCAGCUGAGACUUAUUACAGAGCUUAUAGGAUCUCCUGAUGACUCCAGCCUUGGGUUUUUAAGAAGUGAUAAUGCACGAAGAUAUGUAAGACAGCUUCCACAGUACCCAAGACAGCAAUUUUCUAGUAGAUUUCAGACUAUGUCUCCAGGUGCUGUUGAUCUCCUAGAAAGGAUGCUCGUCUUUGAUCCCAUCAGGCGAAUAACAGUUGAGGAGGCUUUGUGCCACCCUUAUUUGGCCCCUCUACAUGAUAUAAAUGAGGAACCCAUUUGCCCGACUCCCUUCAUUUAUGACUUUGAGCAACCGUCAUUUACUGAAGAAAACAUUAAGGAGCUCAUUUGGAGGGAGACUCUGAGAUUCAAUCCAGAUCCCAUGCAUUAGGGAUUAGCGACAGGUUGUCGCUUUGUUUAGUAAUGUUCUACACUUAACUGGUUGGAUGUUUCAUUCAAAAAAUGAAACAAGUGUGCUGUAGAUAGCGAAAUUAGUUUUGAAGUUUUCUACACAGCUGGACAAAAGUUCUUUGAGCUUGGAUGCUAUGUAUGCUUGUAAUGUUCAACUUGUUCAGCCGAUGAUAAAAGGUCUUCACUCUUGAGGCUUCGUUUGGCUGUA